CCUAUAUGUAUCUCAGAAAUAGAUGUUAAACGGUUGGAGUUAAGAAAAAAAUGUCUCUCAGUCCACCCCAAUUUCUUGAAGUACGGGAAGAAAAUAAUUCAAAGCUUGUGGAAAAACAACAGUCUCAAACUAGUUCUGCAGUUUUAGAAAAUCCUCUUCAAAACUUAUGCUUGGCAUCACAAGAAGUUCUUCAAAAAGCUCAGCAAAGUGGAAGAUCAAAAUGUCUCAAGUGUGGCGGUUCAAGAAUGUUCUACUGCUAUACAUGUUAUGUUCCUGUUGAAAAUGUACCCAUGGAACAGAUGCCACUUGUGAAGCUUCCAUUGAAGAUUGAUAUCAUUAAACAUCCAAAUGAAACAGAUGGCAAAAGUACUGCUGUACAUGCAAAACUCUUAGCACCUGAAUUUGUAAAUAUUUACACAUAUCCUUGUAUCCCAGAAUAUGAAGAAAAGGACCAUGAAGUUGCACUUGUUUUUCCUGGGCCUAAGUCGGUCUCAAUAAAAGAAAUUUCUUUCCAUCUGCAAAAAAGGAUUCAAACUAAUAUUGGAUGCCAAAAUGAUGAUCCUGACAGACCAUCUGUUAAACGCAAGAGAACUGAAGACCAGGAUUUUAAUGACAGCAAGUACAAAGGUGCACCACUGAAAAAAGUUAUAUUUAUAGAUAGCACCUGGAACCAAACAAAUAAAAUAUUUACUGAUGAGAGACUUCAAGGAUUGUUACAAGUUGAAUUGAAGACAAGAAAAACUUGCUUUUGGCGCCAUCAAAAAGGAAAGCCAGAUACCUUUCUUUCCACAAUUGAAGCCAUUUACUACUUCUUGGUAGACUAUCAUACUGAAAUAUUAAAAGAGAACUACAAAGGACAAUAUGACAAUCUUUUAUUUUUCUACUCUUUUAUGUACCAGUUGAUAAAGAGUGCCAAAGGCUCUGGUGACAGGGAAACAAGAAAAUUUAUCCAUUAAUUUUUAAGAAGAUAUGUUAUUUUAUUUUCUUAAAAAAUCAAUAAACGAAUGCUUUGUUUAUUCUUAGGAAAUAUCUAUAUGCAAU